AUGCCAUCGAUCAUCCAACGUCGGCCCAUUAUUCAGGCCGAUGAGAUCGUUGAAUCCACUCUUGGAUCGGGGAUUCUAUUUACAUAUCCUGAGAUUGCUACUAUUGCGGGUGUCCAGGGACUGGUUGUGUAUGGACUUUCGUCUGCACUGCCUCUCCUGGCAUUCGCUUUUGUUGGACCGAUCAUUCGAAGGAAGUUCCCUGAAGUGUUUGUCUUGACUGAAUGGACUCGACAGCGUUAUGGCGUGGUUGCUGGCAUAUACCUCAGCAUCUUGACGCUGAUAACUUUGUUCUUAUAUAUGGUUGCUGAGCUCUCAGCUUUACAGCAAAUUGUCACAGCCCUUUCAGGGCUCAAUGGGCUCCCGGCAGUCAUCGUCCAGGUCGUAGUGACAACUAUAUAUACCUCUCUCGGUGGCUUCCAGGUUUCUUUCUUGACAGACAACGUCCAAGGAGCGAUGGUCGUCGGCCUUAUCAUCAUUGCAGUUAUCACCGUUGGAGCUAGGACUGAUAUCGACAAGUCACUCAUCGAUUCUUCAGGUCUUCUAAAGCCGACUCUUCUAGGAUGGCAGCUCAUUUACAUUCUACCGGUAGCCAUCCUGACCAAUGACUUCUUCCUGUCAAACCUCUGGCUACGAACCUUUGCCUCCAAGACAGAUCGCGAUCUACGAAUCGGAAUCUCAAUUGCUAGUUUCGUCGUCCUCUGCAUCUUGGUUCUUGUUGGAUCUACGGGUCUUCUGGCAGCAUGGUCUGGUGUAUGGCCUGGAGACCCUCCACAAGCAGGCUCAAUCGCAUUUUUCUUAUUACUGGAGAAGCUACCAAAUUGGGUUGUUGGAAUCGUCUUGGUGAUGACAGUUGCUCUGAGCACGGCUGCAUUCGACAGUCUUCAAUCCGCCAUGGUUAGCACUGCUAGCAACGAUGUCUUUCGGAACAAGCUGCCUCUGAUAUACGUUCGUAUCGGUGUCGUGUUAUGCAUUGUACCGGUUGUUGUUGUUGCCCUUCGAUCACCGAGUGUCUUGCGGAUAUUCUUGAUUUCCGACCUUGUUUCAGCAUCUGCCAUUCCUGUGCUUGUCCUGGGCCUGUCGGAUAGAAUGUACUGGUGGACUGCCUUUGAGGUCAUUGUUGGUGGUCUAGGUGGUAUACUGUCCGUGUUCAUCUUCGGUACCAUCUACUACGGCAAUGCCACUGAGGGAGGAAAAUUGAUUCUUCUACAAAAUGGCCUAUAUGCAAAUGAUUGGAGUGCAUUUGGAGCCUUUGUUGCUGCCCCUAUUGGUGGUUUGAUAUUUGCCUGUAUUGCUCUCGGCCUACGAGUUGGAUAUGCAUUCGUUCUUUCAAAGACAACGGGACGACACUUUGACGUCUUCGACCGCCCACUCCCACGCUCUCAUAUGGCUGCUGGGCCUAUGCAUUUGGACCAGCCAGACUUUAUUGCUACCGGGACAGAUGCAACUAUCCGCAAUAACGAUGAAGAAGGUGCCAAAUUCCGGGCACCUCGGUAG